AUGGACGAGGCCUACAAUUCCCUGGUAUUUGCCCCAUGGAUAGGGACAGCCAUCGCAGUGGGUUAUGCCGUUUAUUUGAAACUCAAGACUCCCGACCAUAAAGUGAGCGCAGAUGUGAAGCCAUGUGUCAAUCCGGGCAUUAAGAAGGAGUCGGACCGAGUGGUGGACGUCAUAGACAUCGAGAACUUGGGCCCAAAGGCUGCGUUCUGUCGGUGCUGGCGGUCAAAGAAGUUCCCCUAUUGUGACGGCGCGCACACCCUAUACAACAAACACAUGUCCGAUAAUGUCGGGCCACUUGUCAUCCAGAAGUGA